AACUGUUUGUAGUAUUUACAGUUUCUUCGACCCGUGUGCAGUGUUGCACGGUUAACGGAGGAAAUGGCGCUCGUCGGCUGCUGCAGGGUUGUCUGUGUCCAACCAGUCAAGUCUCCUCGAAGUUGACACGUAGGAUGAGUAGCGCUCACUGGACCGGGGUCGACGAGAAAAAAAUAUGCUUCUAAGCGAAGAGACACCCAGUUUGUGUCGAACGCUGAAAACAUAACAGGAACACUAACCUUUCGCAUUGGGAAACAUUGCUGGUACUGUGGGCACCUUGCAGCAGAAUGGCCAAAGAGCAGAAACCAAGCACGGCAGAGACAUUUGUACUGGCUGGAUCAAAUGGACACAAUGGCCAACAGUGGCACGCUGGUACUAAUAACUUAAGCAACCACCCAACGUGCUCCAACCACACGUCGAGGAUGUCCCGCGUUGCCUUACAUGUCAGGCAGAAGUGUGCUGCCUACGUGCUAGCACUGAGGCCGUGGAGCUUCAGCGCCUCGCUCACGCCAGUGGUACUAGGCAGCGCUUUGGCGUACAAACUGGAGGGCUCUGUGGACUUGAUCAUACUGUUGGUGUGUGCGGUGGCCGUCCUUGUGGUCCACGGGGCAGGCAACCUUGUAAACACCUAUUAUGACUUCUCCAAAGGAAUUGACCACAAGAAGAGUGAUGAUCGGACUCUUGUGGAUGAAAUAUUGGCUCCUCAGGAUGUUGUUAUGUUUGGAGCAUUGUUGUAUUCUUUGGGGUGCUUGUGUGCCACUCUCCUCUACUUCCUGUCUACACUUAGGCUGGAACAUCUGGCCCUCAUUUACUUCGGAGGCCUCUCCAGUUCUUUUUUAUACACUGGAGGCAUUGGUCUCAAGUACGUGGCCCUGGGAGAUGUGGUGAUCCUCAUCACUUUUGGUCCUCUGGCCGUCAUGUUUGCCCACGCUGUGCAGGUUGGCUACCUGUCAGUGCUGCCGCUGGUGUACGCCGUCCCACUGGCCCUCAACACAGAAGCCAUCCUUCAUAGCAACAACACCAGAGACAUGGACUCUGACAAGCAAGCAGGCAUCGUCACGCUGGCCAUCCUCGUGGGCCCCACCCUCUCCUACGUCCUCUACAACCUCUUGCUUUUCGUCCCCUACGUUCUCUUCUGCAUCCUCGCAACCCGUUACACCAUCAGCAUGGCGUUGCCUCUGCUCACGCUGCCCAUGGCCUUCCCUUUGGAGAAGCAAUUCCGCAGCCGAUGCUAUGCCAAGAUCCCCCAGAAGACGACCAAGCUCAACCUCCUCAUGGGACUUUUCUAUGUCUUUGGGAUCAUUCUGGCUCCUCCUGGCAGCUUGCCAUUACUGUGAUUCAUGAGCUUUGAAAUGUCAUAUUUCCUUGUUUUAAUACUAGUUUAUGUACCAGUUUUAUUUGUACGACGCAAUUUGAAGGCUUAUACAGGCUUUAAUUUAUUAUGCUUUGACCAGAGCUUUAGUUUAGGUUCUUCAGUGUCAUUAAGAGGAAUAUUGAAAUGUAUAUGUGUCAGUGUUAAGCCCGCUGUAAUGUGUUGGUUAAAGUAAGAAAUGCUGGUGUUAUUCUGUAGAGGUGAGCAAAAAUAUUAUCAUAAGGACAGAUGGUAAAUCUACAGUUGCCAUAUCUGUAGUUUCUCAAAGCACAACAUUUAAAACUAGACUGAAAACUUCCAUAAACUAUUAUUCUGUAUGGUACAUCUUCUUUCUUGGUUAAUUGUGAUUUUGUUUCUGGAGAGCCAAAUAGUAUUUCAUUGGAUUGUAAUAAACUAAUGUAAAGCCAACA